AGCAUGCUGUAAAGCUUGGAUAUAAUGCAUUGUAAGCUGGCCUGCAGAGGAGUUCCCAUGGUGAAACUAAAGACUCAUUCAAUGCACACGUCUCUUAAGCCACAGAAGAGAUGACACUACAACCAUGAUGACUUGAGAGAGAGAGAGAGAGAGAGAGAGAGUUCUUGAUGGAGUUAAUGCAUAUCGCUGCCCACUUUUGACUCUUUAUCUUUCUCUUUAUAUCUCUCUUCUACAUUUGAUUCCAGGCCACAAACCCAGCCAAGCUUCUUCUUCUCCAUCCUUACCUCUCUCUCUCUCUCUCUCUCUCUUGGUCAGCGGGUCCUUGAACUUAUUAUACCAUUUCCAAGGUCUCUUGUAUAUAUAGGAAGGGUGACCUGUGUCUCCGUUCCCCCAAAGUGGAAGAAGAGAAGAAGAAGAAGAAGAAGGGAAGAAGCUAGAGUUGUAGUUGUUUGAGAUGGGAAGACCACCAUGCUGUGAUAAAACUGGUGUGAAGAAAGGGCCUUGGACACCUGAAGAAGACAUCAUCCUUGUCUCUUACAUCCAAGAACAUGGUCCUGGUAACUGGAGAGGUGUUCCUACCAACACUGGGUUGUUGAGAUGUAGCAAAAGCUGCAGACUCAGAUGGACUAAUUAUCUCAGGCCAGGUAUCAAGAGAGGCAACUUCACAGAUCAAGAGGAAAAACUCAUCAUUCAUCUCCAAGCUCUUCUUGGCAACAGAUGGGCAGCAAUAGCUUCAUAUUUGCCAGAGAGAACAGACAAUGAUAUAAAGAAUUACUGGAACACACAUCUGAAGAAGAAGCUGAAGAAGCUGCAGAAUGGAGACACUGAUGAAUCACUGAGCAGUGGAAACUCAAGCUAUCAAUCAAUCUCUAAAGGGCAGUGGGAGAGAAGACUUCAAACAGACAUCCAUAUGGCUAAGAGAGCUCUUUGUGAGGCUUUAUCUUUAGAAAAGCCUUGUGAUUCAUUCUUAGAUCUCAAGCCUUUCAAUGGUUGCCAAUCUCUCACAUCACCAACACAAACACAAACACCAACACCAACACCAACAUCAUCAACAUCUACAUGUACUUAUGCAUCUAGCACUGAGAACAUAUCCAAAUUGCUCCAAGGUUGGAUGAGGAACUCCUCCAAUUCUUCUAACAAUGAUACUUCAUCCAGUGAAGGUUCUGCAAGUGGAACCACUACUACUGUUAAAAACAGCAAUUUCAACAACUUUAGUACAUUAGAACCACUUUCUGGUAUCCAGUCUUCACCAGAGGGAUCUGAUGACUCUGGUUCAGCUCAGCAAAUGCCUCUUUCCUUUCUUGAAACAUGGCUGUUGGAUGAGACUAUUGAACAAGGUGAUGAUGAAGGUCUUCUUGACUUGUCCCUAGAUGAUAAUACUGCAGGCUUGUUCUGAAGGAGUUAUAGUUAAUAUUGCUGUUAGAAACUUAAAUUUAUAUAUAUAUGUAUGUAUGUAUGUUGUAUUACUUGUUACUUUCUCUAGAUGCUUGAUUAGAAUGAGACUUUCCAUGCCAGGAAACAAAAAGAAAAGUGUAAAUUACAGACAUCUAUUUUAAGUAGCCAAUGUUAUAUAUA